AUGUCACAACAAUUUAUUCGUUCGAUCAACAACGGAGAAUUAUUGAUAACAGACGAUGGUAAUGAUAAAUCCACUAUUACUAAGUUGCUGUUUAACUUUGAGCAGUGGUCAUCCAAUAGCCAAUUACAGCCUCAAUAUCAACAAUUUUCUGUUUGGCUCAAGAAACAUCUUAUUCAAGGACAUCCUUGUAUUAUUGCUGCUUACACGAAUGAUGCCGAUAACGAUCCAGAUUACGAUCAUAUCAUGCCUGCUAUCGGCAUUAGCUACUACGAACCGACGUCUUCAUACAAUCCAAAAGAUAAAUUGUUGUUCUACAAUUUAUAUCAGCUGAAAAUACUCGAACGAGAACUCAGCACAAACGAUAUGAUCAAACAAAGACAGACGUGUAACAAAAGUACACUCCAAGGUGGAUGUUUACCAUAUAAUGUUGACUAUGGUUAUGCCAUUUUUGGUAUUAUAGAUAAGCAGAACGUAACAUUACCACUUCGUCUCAAAGUCGAUAGAUCUGACGAACCAAAUCUGUCUUUGGGUGCUUCGCCUGUUGAAAUGCAAGGUACAAUUACUGUAUUCAAUCUUGUACUCGGUCGAAAUUAUGUUCUUCUGCGUUACAAAUCUUACACAGAAGUGCCAAGCUCGGGUAAUGCUACAGCAUUUCAGAGCUCUCGUUAUUACAAACGGCACAAUUUUCGAGCAAUUAACGUCAUUUAUACGUAUGUUGAUCCUGAAAAAAUUCUGUCAAAUGAUACAACAUACUAUCGAUGUGUACCUGCGUUAUGA